AUCUUAAUGGAGGAGAUUUCGAAAUUCUAUCCUUUUAUUUUCACAAAAUAAAUUCUUCAACUCAUUCUUCAUGUAGUUGAAAAUUUUGGCUCUUUACUAGUUUAGUACUUGAUUUAUUCAAUAUGUUUUGCCCAAAAACCAAAUAAGGAGUUUAGGAAACAAAUCAGAAGAUUUAUGGCAUUGUACAACAAAUCACGAAGAGAUGUAUCAAGCCAUCAAAGAUUCUCAUUAAAAUCAACUGCAUCCACUCCCCUCCCACAUUAAUGAAGGCAGCAUCAAAAUGACUGGCGGAGCAGAUUCCCUCCAUCAAACCCCGGAGCUCCUCGGCGAGAAGCCGCUUAACAUGACCCGGCGGCCUCGGGGGAGGCCCGCGGGGUCCAAGAACAAGCCGAAGCCCCCCAUCAUCAUCACCCGGGACAGCGCCAACGCGCUCAAGGCCCACGCCAUGGAGCUCGUCUCCGGCUGCGACAUCGCCGAGAAUCUAAUCGGCUUCGCGCGCCGAAAGCAGCGCGGCGUCUGCGUCCUCAGCGCUACGGGCUUCGUCACCAACAUCACCCUGCGCCAGCCCUCCUCCUCGGGCUCCAUCGUCACGCUCCACGGCCGCUUCGAGAUCCUCUCGCUACUCGGCUCCGUGCUGCCCCCGCCCGCCCCCGCCGGUGCGGCCGGGCUGGCCGUGUACCUUGCCGGGGCGCAGGGGCAGGUUGUCGGGGGGAGCGUGGUCGGCGCGCUCAUUGCAUCGGGCCCUGUUGUCAUCAUGGCGGCCACGUUCAUGAAUGCUACUUUUGAUCGGCUGCCGUUGGACGACGGCGAGGAGGUGGUGGCGGGCGGUGGCCAGCAUUAUCAGAAUAACAGACAGCAGCGCCACCACGUGGAUGAUGUGUAUGGGAUUCCGCAGAAUCUGCUCACUAAUGGAGCUUUGCCUUCCGACGGAUAUGGGUGGGGACAGGGACAGGGACAGGGACAGGGUCGGGCCGGGUCGAAACCGUGAUUGGAUUUCUUGAUUUAAGGAUGUGAUGUUUAUUUUCUGUAUGUGGUGGUGAUGUUGUACUUGUAUGCUAUAACUUCAUUCUUCAUUUCUAUUACUAUUAAUUGCAUCUCUUUUGUUUUCUA